GCCUCUGUUUGGGCAUUCGUUGGGCAUUAUGACGGCAUACCAUAUAACAAAUAUUAGACGGUAUAACAUAACAUAACAUUAACAGACUAGUGCAAGUAAAGACUGGAUGAAUGCUUUGUUGCAAAAGUCUCAGCUUCGGAUAAGUGGUAUUUCAACAUGCCCGCGAAACCAGGAGCCGUGCCGAACGUCAAUGCGGGCAUAAUGAUGAGACCGAACGCAGUUUCGAGGAGAAAGGUGGCAUUUGGCAGUUGCCAAGAGAGGCCUAUAUUUCCAACACAUUUCGCCCAUGACAGGAUGGGUAACAAGAUGUUACUGAAAGGACCUCCUCACCUAGGCCCUGGUUGCUAUGACAGCCACAAUUGGGGCACUAUAGCUUAUGAACUGAAGAGGCCAGUAAUCAAAGGAUACACCCUGGCCUCCCGGACAUCGAUACGCUUUCCAACCAUCAAAGAGUCCACCAGUCCUUCGCCCCAGACGUACCAGCAGGACUGGGUGAAGCCCAAACGCCCUGUACCGUCCAGGGUCCCGUUCCACUCCUCCGAACCCAGGUUCCGGGCCCCGGGCGUGACGCAAGACACCACCCCUGGCCCAGGGACAUACAGCCAUGACACUGUUCAGAACAGGCAGGUGGCCUGGCCCAUGAAAUUUGGUGCUACAGACUGGGACCUGGUCGUCCAGCCAAAGAAGAUAACUCUCAGGACUGAGGCCCCGUCUGAAAGGGAUUUCAAGAAACAGAGGGACAAAGUGGCACAGCUUGACCUGUACUACACCUGAACCUGCGCCUGAAUCCAUACCUGUGUCUACACCUGGAGAACAAAAACGGACCCAGCAAAUUCAUCUCUCACUGUUGAUAACACACCCCCUCUCACUCACGAGAACACAGUGCGAGUGUUCGUCCUUGAAAUCCGAACAGGGAUUUGUCAACUCAUAUCACAAGCACAUCUGUUCGGCUGUCUUUUAUCCCCACUUUCACAAAGCCCUUUGUUUUAUUUCAAUAUUCUAUAAACCUAUGUCUCAUGUAGUUCUCUGUACUUCUACAAG